CCUGUUCUUAAGUUGUUUUAAAGGUCAGGCAGGUCAGGAAAAUAAUAUCAUCACGUGUUAUAAAUGGAUUAAUCAUAAAGGAUAAACGUCUGAUGGAGCUUUGACAUCAAUAAAUGUAUCUCAGUCCUGCCAUCUACUGGACAAGUGACACCAUGGCGUGUUGUUAUGCUGUAACAGAGCAGAUGAAGCACAUAAAAAAUGAAUAUUGUAGUUUACACAGAGCUGAAUAGACAGCAAUGGCACCGACAAAUCAGCAGAAAAGGUUGAAGAAUACAGUUUACGCUGCAGCAAUUAACAGUACAAACAGAUGUCUGUUUCUAUUUCGUGUUUGCACCCACAGAUGUAAGAAGCAGCAAGUUCAAUUGCUUACUUUAGAAGAUGUUUUAAAAAAAAAACUUUCUACAGAGUACAUGUAUAUAUUUAUACCUUAAUUCAAGCUUUGUUUGCAUUCAAAGUUAAUUAAAAACACCAGCAAUUUAAGAAUUACAUCAAGUGUCACAGCUGAAAUGUUUACAGUUAAGAGCUCUACCUUGAAUUAACACAGCAUCAAGUUUCAAAACUUCUUGGAGUGAUAUACCUGAAGCAUAUCUGAAAGCAAAAGCAGUUCUCAUUGUUAGGGCCUGCAUGGAAAGUCAGUCUGCAGUUGGUUUUAGAUGCUGUUUAGUCUGCUUCAAAAACCUGAUAACAUCUCUUGUUUUUAGCAAAAACAUCCAGCCAUCUUUAUGCGUGCAUGCAAGAGUUCUGCAUUACUGAGCAAGUGAAAAACAGACUUCAAAGAAUAGAGUCACACUUGUUUUUAAGCAGACCUUUAGUCAGUUGGUGCUUCCAAGUGGGUUUAAAAGAGGUUUGACAUCAAUGCAAAUUUCUAAGCAAGCCUGAUAAAUUAUAUAGUGCAGAUUAAAUUCAGGAUGAUCAGGUGUCUGUAGUCUUUUUUAUAGCAGAGUCAAUGAAAUGCAGUCUCACACUAUAUUGUAAUUUAUGAGAGAUGUGGAAGGAAACAUGCAGUAUAAUACUUGUCUAGUAUUAGUGCUGGUUAAUGCAUCAUGUGAACGCCCCAGAGAAUCAUCCAGGUUUUGACUGUUGUUAUAUUCAUAACCUCCACCAGAGGGAGAUCUUACUUAGUGCACCUACACUUAACCUUUCCCACAGUAGAGGGGCUCUUUGCUGGCUACAAAUUUGAGGCUGCUACGCUGCUAUAAUAUUCCAGUGCCAAAAUGCUUAGAAAGACCUGAUCAAGAUGGACAGGCAGGUGGACAGAAGGAGGACCAUGUGGAAGAGGUGGAUCUGAAAGGUUAAUGAAUGCAUUAAUAAAGGCUGAUUUAUUGGAACAACAGGCCUUUAAUAAAACAGACAUUUUGACUGGUCCUGGUAGGAAAAGUACAGGUUUUAUUUAAUUACUGGGUUUUUGUUGACAAUACAAUAAUACUGACAAUGACAAGAGCAACACCACAAAUGCAUUUGUAAUUUCUUUCGAAUAUGCUGGGCUGCACAGUGGAUCAGUGGUUAGCACUUUUGCCUUGCAGCUAAAACAUCCCUGGUUCAUGUCCCGGCCUUCCCGCAAUCUUUCUGCGUGGAGUUUACAUGUUCUCCCUGUGCAUGUGUGGGUUUUCUCUGGGUUCUCUGGCUUCCUCCCACAGUCCAAAAACAUGCUGAGGUUAGUUGGUAACUUUAAAUUGUUCAUAGGUGUGAAUGUGAGUGUGAUUGUUUGUCUCUAUGUGUAGUCCUGUGAUGGACUGGUGACCUGUCCAGGUGUCCUCUGCCUUCACCAUAAGUCAGCUGGGAUAAACUCCAGCUCCCCCACGACCCUAAUAAGGAUUAAAUGGUGUAUAGGUAAUGGAUGGAUGGAUGUUACAUGUGUUUCUAUAUUUUGGAUUCACAUUGGUUAGUGAGACAUGUAACAGCAACAGCAAUUCAUCUUUCCAUUUAUACAAUUUAAGAAACUACACUUAAGGGUGGAGUUACUAACAGUUCUAUAUAUGAUGCAAAAUUAGAUAGAGAAAACAAAUUCAUAGCAAUAACGUGAACUAUAACUGUGUUUAUUUUUUUUUUGUUUGUUUUGUUUUUUUGUUUGCUUUUUAGGUCAUUUUUUUCCAUUUCUGAGGACUUCUUUAAACUUAAACUUAUCUUCCAUCUACACAUUUCCAUUGUCUAGUUUUCAGUUUCAAAACAUCAUAGCAACUUAGCAAGAUAAAGGUCUGAUCACUAUCUAAGGAUCAUGUGUAAAUAUCUGAAUGCAAAUGAUUGUGUCUCACAGGAUGCACACUAUCCCACAUCAAAACACACAGGAAGCACUGCUUGCUGUGCUGCACUGUCCGUGUAUUUAGUUUACAGUAUGUGAGGAACAAAGGUAAUCACUGAUGCAAGAUGAUACUCCUCUGCUGGUGCAUAAUGUUGCUCUGUCUUUCUGUCAAUUCAGAGAGCGUCAUAAUGUGCAAAGAUCCUGGCGGGAACGUCACUUUGAAGUGUUCUUCUGAAAAAUGCCCCCCACUCAUUACUGGAUAUGUUGCCAUGUAUCUGUAUCAUGAACGUACUGGACAAGAAGAAGUGCUUUACUAUAGCAAAGGAUUCAGAUCACCUGACAAUGUAGCACCACGGCAAAGAUACAACGGCAGGAUUCAGACAACAGGAUCUUUUAUGAGCCACAGCAUCACCAUCAGCAACCUGACUGUAGACGACACUGGACUCUACAGCUGUGUCUACGCAAAAGAAGUCAAGUAUCAAGUAAAAUGCGACGUCUAUGCAGUUAUUGUGACAGGAGCAGCAUCAUGCUCGACCACUGCUGAGGAGAAAAGUCCACCACUGGUGUUGAUCAUCACUGCCGUCUGUAUCACUGCUGCCAUCAGCAUGUUGGUGACUCUGAUCUUCAUCCUUGUAAUUUGGCUGACGGUGCAGCAGUGCAGACGCAGCAGAAGAAUAGCAAGAAACAUUCAGUCGCUCUCCCAUGACUAUGUUUAUGAAGUUAUGACCAAGAACGGCUUCCAUCCUGAUGCAGCUCAAGAGGAUUCAUCACCGUAUGAAUUCUUGGCUUGUCAGACAUCUUCUUCCAGAGGGUUGGUUUAAUUUUUUUGUAUAAUGUUGUUUUGCAGGACUCAAUUUACUCAAAAAGUAAUUUUAAUCAACAUAUAUGAGAAAAAAGAUUAAUUCCGGUAACAGAGUCACCAAACUCAAAUGAAUCUUCAUAUUAUGAUGUAUUUUACAUGCAGAGAGUACAAUAGCUGUACAACAGUAAACAAACUAAUAAAAUAAAAUAAAAACUAUAUGAUGAACAGUCAAGAGAUGUUAAAAGAAGUAAAGAAGGAUUAAUAAGUCACUGGAGCACAGGGGUUGAAAUUUGCACAAGUCUGAGCAGUCAGAUUACUGGUUUGUUUGACAUUAAACACAAUCAGUGUGUGCUUUUGGCUUCUAUGAAUAGCCAGAAAGAUCUGGGGCAGAUUUUCAUGAGGGUGUGAAAGUGUGAAACUGUGCAUGUGGGCAAAAACCACACACCUAACAACGAGUGAUCAGAACAGAUGUGUGAGUGGUUUUCAUGUCUGCAUGCAGAACUCUCACAUAAUAUAUUAAUACAAAAAUAAGGAACAUGAAGAAUUUUUGUUGUGUAGCUGGUGAUGAUAAUGUUAUCGUAAUUAAAUGGUAAUGUUGUUAAUAGUGAAUAUUGUGAGAAAAGCAAUGAAUAAUGUUUCCAUCUAUUGUGGUCGCUGUUUGCUGUACUUUUUAAUGCUUUUAUAGCUGUUGUUUUUUCUCCCUGUAAAACAAAGCUACUGACUACCAUGAAUGCUUUUUAUAACUUGCGACAUUGAAUGCAAUUUUUUUGCAAAUAUUUGGAAAGAUAAACAAUGUCAGAAGUGACCUUAAAAAGACUACACACAUUUGGGCUUGUAAGCAAAAGUAGAGUAUUUAAUACUUAAAAAUAGAAAUAUACUUAGCAGCGCUAUUGAUUUUCAUCUUUCAUUCAAAAUCUUCUCACUUUUAUGGCACUGUCAAAUAUGUUUGUUUGGCUUAAUAAUAAAUUUGUUUGUGAGUAAAGGGCAGGACAAAAACACAGCCCAGAUAUACACAAGCAAUAACAGUGAAAGUAGUUUGCGGUGUUCCUCCCACAGUGUCGAAGGCUGUCUCGUUUUAACCACAGCAGUCUGUUAGUAAUGAAGUAUUGUCAGACUGAUAUAGUUCACAUGAGGCCCUUUACCAGGAACAUAAACUGUAUAGAAAAGAUGAACGUAACUUCCAGGUCUGAAAAGUCAAAUCAUUGUGGAAGUGAAUUAAACAUGCAUUCUUUCUCAUGUCCAGCAGGGGGCGACUCCUCUGGCUCUAAAAAUGAGUGUUACUGUAUAAGUCUAUGAGAAGAUCACUCAAUUUUAAUGUUAAUUUUUUCAUGAUUUGUUACAUCAGUCAACAUUUUUAUAAUUUGUUUAUGGACAAAGUUGUGAAUUUUGAGACUUUUUGAAUGGUACUUCUUGUUAAUUUUGUACAUUUGCAUCCUACCUAAUACUAGUAAUACCAUUGCAUCUAUCAAUCUCUUGAGUUAGUUCAGUUAUUUCCUGUUUUUUGCGGUAAAAAUCCCUGUCCUUGUGUGUCUCUUGUUGUUUUACUUCCUUCCUUUGUCUGUUUACGUCCUCUUUUGAUUGCCAUGAUCAGUUUCACCCAUGUCUUGUCUCCAGAAUCAGUUCUCUGCAUAUACGCUUCCCUAUGUCUUCCACAGUCUUUUGUCAGUUUGUCUUGUUUUGGCUCCUGAAUUUAAUGACAACUUACCACCCAUUUGUCAACACUGUUCUCAUUUGUGAUCCUUGUCUGAUCCUGGUUUGUAAAACAUUGAUUUCUCAAGCCCUUGUUUGUGCAUUUUGUACAUUUUUGAGUUUCUUUUUUUUUUUUUUUAUUAAAUGAUUUUAUAUUUUCUUGAUAUUCUCUUUAGACAUUUAGUUUGUGUUUUGAUGUAUCAUCAGCUGCUCUCUGUUGUUCCUUCAGCUCGUGUUAUCUUUUUGGCAUUAGAAUAAAGUUUUCUUUGUUACUUUCA